AUGGGUGUGGGUAUUGUCUCUGACAUCUUCAUGGGAUCGAUCGAGAAGAUUACGUCGAAGAAGAAGCGUGUCUUCAGCUCCAAUCUGCAGACUUUCAUCACCGUCAAGGUGUGGAAUGCAACCGUCUCAAACUUGACGCUGAUGGCUUUGGGUUCUAGCGCUCCGGAGAUCCUGCUGAGUGUCAUAGAGCUUCUCAAAAAUGAGAUGUACUCUGGUGAUUUGGGUCCAUCCACAAUUGUGGGCAGUGCAGCUUUCAAUUUGCUGGUCAUCACAGCUGUUUGCGUUUCGGCAAUCCCUGGUGGCGAGUUCCGUAGGAUCAAGGAUAUCCAGGUCUUUGCAGUGACAGCGACCUUCUCCGUUUUAGCAUACGUUUGGCUAAUCGUGAUCUGUAUGCUGUGGACACCUGACGUUAUCACCAUUGAGGAGGCGCUCAUAACGUUCUUCCUCUUUCCGGUCCUAGUGCUGCUUGCCUUCCUGGCCGACAAAGGCUACUUUGCCAGAGGGGGCAAGAGCAAGGAGGCGGAGAAAGUAUUGCUGGAUGCAGCGACAGAGCAGGAGAUUGCCACCAUGAGGAUGCGAAUUCUCAAGAAGCAUGGAACAGGGAUUCCAGAUGACAAAGUUGUGGCCCUGAUUAGAGAAGAGUUUGGUGCAGUGGAAGAACCCUCCAGAGCUGCUCGACGCAUAGCUGCCACAGAGAAAAUCUUCGGUGGCGGAAGGCGGAAAUCUGAUACCAAGGUAGUCCCCGUGCAACUUUCGCCUGAUGAGAAGGAGGCAGCUAAGCCCAACGUCGUGUUCGCCUUCGAGCACCUGGAGUACUCCUGCCUUGAAAGCUGUGACAUGCUGGAGCUGCUGGUCACCAGAGAGUCCGACAGCAUCGAGCCAUUGGGCAAAGGGAGUGUCUCGUACAGAACGAAGGAAGUCACGGCCAAAGAUGGCAAAGAUUUCAUCAAAAAGCAGGGCACGCUGGAGUUUGACGAGGACGAGACGGAAAAGAUGAUCUAUAUCCAAAUCCUCGAUGACGAUGAGCAUGAGCCGGACACGUACUUCGAUGUGGAGCUCUACCAGCCGUGCUCCGUCGAUGAGUCCAAGGUCACGACAAAGCUGGGAAAGAAUAAGACCGCUCACGUUCGGAUCGUGGAUGAUGAUGCGGUCGGAGUUCUGGCCUUCAGCAGCCAAGAAGAGAAGGUCAGCGAGAAUUUCGGCGGGGAGAAGGUAAUAUCGAUUAUGGUCCACCGGCAUGCUGGUGCAAAAGGGGCCGUUGCCUGCUCCUAUCGGACGGAAGAUGGCACUGCCAUCGCUGGCAUUGACUAUGAAGAAGCGACUGGAACACUUGAGUUUGCAGACCAAGAGACGGAAGCAGAGAUCCAUAUCACCAUCAAGCCAAGAGGUCGCUUUGAUACGACGUCCAUCUUCAGGCUAUACAUCGAAGAAGCGACAGGAGGAGUUGGAUUUGCAGCUCACACAGAUGGUGGAGAGGAGUGCUGCAUUUGCACCAUCGUCGUGGGAAGCGAUGAAGCGACAAAACGUCGAGCCGAUAAGCUCAAGCAGGCCUUCAAGGUGAACUGGGAGGUGCAGAUGAUGGCUCGGGACAAUUGGAAGGAUCAAUUCACUGAUGCCGUGCUCAUCGACCCGGGGGAAGCAAAGGGCUGCGAGUUGGUCACCGCGUAUGUGUUCCACCUCAUCACGAUGCCCUGGAAGGUGAUUUUCGCCUUGAUUCCUCCGGUUGACUACUGCGGUGGCUGGCUGUGUUUCUGCUCCUCACUUGCCAUGAUCGGUGUGGUGACAGCAGUCAUAGGCGAUUUGGCUGAGCUCUGUGGGUGUGUAGUGGACAUGCCGGACGAGAUCACUGCAAUCUCCCUAGUUGCCCUUGGCACGUCACUGCCAGACACGUUCGCAUCCAAGACAGCCGCGGAACAGGAUCCUACAGCAGACGCAUCCAUUGGCAAUGUCACUGGAAGCAACUCUGUCAAUGUCUUCCUUGGUUUGGGCUUGCCCUGGACCCUCGGAGCCAUUUACUGGGCAGCUCUAGGUGAAUUAUCGCCGGACCACCAGUGGUUUACGAAGUACCGCGGUCAGAGUGUGGUGGACAACUACCCCUUGGGUGGGGCGUUCGUGGUUUUAGGUGGGAACUUGGGCUUCAGCGUGGCUGUGUUUUGCUGCUGCGCAUCUGCCUGCAUUCUGGUGAUUCUGCUACGAAGAUGGUUUGUUGGGGGUGAGCUCGGCGGUCCAAAAGGCUUGCAUCUCAGUUACUGA